GGCGUGCGCUUCGUUUUCCAUCGAGAUCGUGAAAGUUCACGGCAGCGAGUAGCCGGACAUAGAAAGAGAGAGUGCUGAGAAUAUGCUGAUCCCGUGGCCGGUGAAAAUCGAGCGCAACACCCGUCGAUCGAUCAUUUGCUAAUUAACUGCCGUGGUUAAGGUACUUGGACGUUGGACAGGUGACCCGCUUUGCCAGGACAUCGACACUGGAUGAGUAUCCUUGGCCAGGCCAGUUAUUAUCGUCCCGGCUCCUAGAAGGCUCCUUGGUCUAGCACGUUGACUGUUUCGAGGCAAGCAAGUGCACACGGGAACGUCUUCUUCAGUGAAACGUCUUCUUCAGGAACUAUAUCGGUUUCCUGGAAGUCAAAGUGACUUGUUCGACGAAAAGAGAGCGCACGGCGGUAUCGUCUGGCCCACAAGACAGAUUUAAACGGGAUCACGGACGGACCCCGACUGGCGGGGGUUAACAUCAUCGGGACGGCAGAUGUCAGGAUGCCGGAGCAGAGCAACGACUAUCGCGUGGUGGUGUUUGGGGCAGGCGGUGUCGGCAAAAGCUCUCUCGUGCUGCGUUUCGUGAAAGGAACCUUUCGUGAGUCCUAUAUACCCACUAUCGAGGAUACGUACAGACAGGUGAUAAGCUGCAAUAAAAACAUAUGCACGCUUCAAAUUACGGACACAACGGGGUCUCAUCAGUUUCCCGCGAUGCAACGGCUCUCCAUAAGCAAAGGUCAUGCCUUCAUCCUGGUGUACUCGGUGUGCUCACGGCAAAGCCUCGAGGAACUACGACCGAUCUGGGCUAUUAUUAGGGAGCUUAAGGGACAGGACGUAUCACAGAUACCUAUAAUGCUGGUUGGGAACAAAUGCGACGAGAGUCCAUCGGUGCGCGAGGUAUCGAUGAGCGAAGGAGCAGCAGAAGCCGCGAACUGGGGCUGUGGUUUUCUGGAAACAUCCGCCAAGACGAAUCACAACGUAAAUGCAUUAUUUCGGGACCUGCUGAUGCUCGAGAAGAACAGAUCUGUAUCGUUGCAGCCUGUACAAAGCAACAAUGCGAUCAGUCUAAAGGAAAAAUGCUGCGUAAUGUAACCUAGCAGAAUUAGAGCAGCUAUAAUGGAAAGAAGUCACGGUGCAUCGUGUACGAGGACGACCAGAAGGAAGAAGGAAAAGAAGGAAAAAGAAGAAGUUAUUCGAAGGACAAAAGUAACAGAAUCAGUCGGCGAUUUCUCGACCCGGCGUGGCAUCGGCCACGGUAGUCUCGACACGACCAGUAGUUAGAAUAGAUUAGAUUUUGCGCGAACGAAAGGGACGAUAGAUAUCCGUGAGACUACGUGUCGUACAGGGUGUAUCUAAUGCUCUUUUUUCAUUAAGAAGCUUAUUCUUGCGCAGAUAAAUAAUUCUCCAGGACGUUUGUGGGUCCUCCAACGAUGAGAUCGGAUAGAUUGUGAGGUUGUGCGUCGGUAAGAGGGAUAAUAACGUGCCGAUUGUUACGACGGUCGAUUCAGAGCAUUAGGGCCGCUUUGUAGUCUCUUUCUAAACCAAACUGUAUUACUAUACUAUUGAUAGAUUUUUUAAUUUUGAUACAGAGCGACGUAACUCGGUCCGUCUUCUAGGUUUCACGAGACCAACGACGCGUUUUUCAUUCUGUACCAGUCGGCUCGUUAAUGGAUCAUUAUACAUUCUGACCAUCAGCUCGAUUAUCCCGAGCUUACAAUAUGGAAGGGACACGAUCGUUCUGACCGGCAUAGAACCGAUCUAGACCAAGUAACCGAUCUGACAAAAAGCGAUCGUCCUUUUCGUACCCAACGGAACAACGUGGAUUUUCCUUGAAAGAGCAGUCAGUACAAAGCUUAUAGUUUCGACCACGUUUGUUGAUAUAUAUGUAUUAAUGUACGAUGAGAUGUAUACCGAACAGGUUCGACGAUCCAACACAGAAUCAACGCUCUUUCAUGAAAAUCUUCCAAGACCGCUGUCCGAGACUACUAACGCGAUGAUCAAUUUCUGGGACUAGUAUCGCAUACAAGUUUUCUCCAUCCGGAGAUGGAGCAUAGGGGCGAAACACAUGCGAACGAGAAACGAAAAAAAUUAGAUAAAAAGUUGUUACGAGAUUGGUUUUUGUUGAAUAGUUGUAAGGUUUUUGUAACGAUGCUAAUUAGGAUUUAUUACUCGACACACGUUGGUUGAUACAAUUACAUGUACUUACACACACUUACACGUACACGGACAACACACAGAAAGGCUUACAUACGUGUACUAACACGCACAAACACACACAGAGUCAUUAGGCACCAUGCGUUUCCCGUGUUGACCCAAAUUUUAGUGUUUUCCUCCUGUAUGUCGUACGCACAGACGUAGGCUAUUAGUGUUUGCGAGGAGACGCUAAUUAAAGGGACUCGCCGCAAAGGGCUCGUUUGUUCCUCAACUCGAGUUUCGUUCAUCUUGCUACUCGCGUUUAUUGUUGCAACCGAGGUUCCUGGGCCAAGUUUGGGCAAACUUUUUCGCUAUGAUAUCUCUGUCCUCUAGUAUUACUAUUGCUAUCAUUGAUAAACAAAUAGAGAGGGCGAAGGAGAAUGUCUUAAAACAAUCUUUUGGAAUUUUUGCCAAUUUCUUCAAAAGUAGACAUUACGAGUGUUAUCAGCUUGAAAAAUUUGCCCUGACUGUCCAGCUCAUCUUUGUUGGAGCGAUCGAUUACUAUAGUUUCCUUUGUAUUUAACUAUUAUUCGAUGACGUCUCUGUAUCUGUGGGAGCCGAAGCUUCCUUUCAUUUAAGAAACGCAAUGGAGGCACGAGUGGAUGAUAAAUUAGUCUCUAAUUUGGUCGGUAGAGUGACUGCUUGUUUCCAGCGAACAUCAACGAAUUAUGGUUCCAGCCAUUUUAUACGUGGUCGUCGUUUUGUCUACUCGUGCCAGCGUUCAAUCAUCGUACCGAUAGUUUUAAGAAACAAACGCUGUAAUUCUGUCUAACGCGUUAACGGGACAAAAUACGUUGUUCCAUUGAUAUUACGAUAGACAAACGAUCAAUGACAUUACCAUGAUCAUUAUUAUUAUUGUCGAAUCGCGAAUCACUGGGCGGUUGUUUCACGAAAGGAACACACAUAUCCUGUAUUGUAACCGUGAGCAUACAAUCAGGUACGUGCGUACACCAGUUAAGGAAUGAGGGCCGGUUUCAUGUCGAUUCAUCGUUUUUUAAACCCCAUAUUGUCGUUUAAAUCUAAUUUAACAAAUGAAUUGUGGAUAUUUAUGCAAAUUCUAGUUAUUGAAUUUUUUUACUUAAUGAGUAUUAUAGCAAGUACUAUUCUUUGAAUAUUUUAUAUAUUUAUUUAUACGUUAUUUCAAAUUUUGCAUGACCGUAUAUAAAUCUGCAAUUUAUUAGCAACUGAUACAUAUAAAAAGGUUCAUUUACCUAUAUACCUUUUAGUGACUAGAAAAGUUACGCACAUCGAAAUUGUUUUCUUGAAAUUAUUGUAAGGUUGAAAAGGUUUGUCACAAUGUUAUGGUCAGUAUUGCAUUAAUUUCUUGGCGGCCUGAUGCUCUCGCGUAUCUAUGCAUGAAUCUGUAUAUACAUACAUAUCUGUAUGUUAUAUUUAGAUGCAAGGUUAAAAAGAGUCUAGUCAAAGGCGAAUCUGACCUUAUGAAAUCGACCCUCAACAUGCUGAGAGACGAGAAGAAGGGUGGCAAGUUAAGGGAAGGAAGGGAGGGGAAAACGAGGAAAACACACACAUACACAUGCGAAUUAGAAAUCGAUAUAUCGUAUUCUAUGAUUUUUUCGGGGCCAAUCGGUGUGAUUUGUAUAAAUUGUGAGCUUUUUCUGCGUGAUCGUAGGUCGAUUUCUAUUGUUUUCACGGUUUUGCAAACAAUUCGCAAAUAUAACUUCUGAUUUAAUCCUUUGUUAAUCACGUUGGAAAAUCUCUAACCGCGAUUUUUGACGAUUUUCUAUCUGCGAAAUCAGGCGAUCCUUUUUACAGAUGUUGGUGUUCGAUUUUUAGCAUUCGUCGAGAACAUUGUAUAAUUGUGCUUCGUCUUAUAUACGUACAUUGAAUCGUGAUUUUCAAAGGAUUAAUUUUGGAAGCUUCCUCGCGAUAAGAAUACGUUACGCCGAAGCGAAAAUUUGUUUCAGUGAAGUCGCAUUACUUCGUCCUUGUUCAAAGAGCGCGCGCGUCCGUCGCGCGUGCGCGGUAGAUCGCCCGCUCAAUUUUGAAAUAUUUAUACGCGCCAGAGUACACGCAUACAUCGAGAGCAUCAAUUUUUUAUCAUAUUAUAAUUGCCAAGGCACGCACGACCACGAAACAUAACAGAACACGAUGGAUCUCUUACGAUAUUACGCUUUAUUUUUUAUUGUGUGUCCACGAAUGUACCUGUGUACGAUAUUUCCAAUAAUCUGAUCGUGGCUGUUAUUCGAAGACAAAAAUUGAAACAAAAAUGCUAUACUUAAAAAGACGGCAUUGGGUAGAUUAAAACGUUAAAAAAAUAGGCAACGUUUCUAUCAGAAGCAUUUACUAUAGAAAUUCAUAGAUAUAAUUACUGUAAGAGAAACUAAUAAGUUUCAGAGUGAUUAGAACGCUUGAUUCAAUUUUUCUAUAAGAAAUAGAAAAUAUGGACGAUGCAAUAUCCAAAUAGGUGCAAUAUUAAUGAGAAUACAAAUCGUCUAUUAUAUUACAGAUAUAUUUACUUAAAGAUGUAAAAAUCUAGAUAGUGUACUAUAAGUAAUUAACUAUUUCACUACGAGUCUUCUAUAAUGGCGCAGUGGUCUAGUGCUUGCCUUCGUACGCGAAUGAACUCUGGCUCGAGUCCAGCUCAGGAUAGAAAUCUUCUAUUCGAUUUUUCUUCGUCGUUCUCUCCAUAGAUUUAAUUCCAGUGAACUUUAUUAUAGAGCGUCGUCGAUGUGUCAAAUCGACUGUCACUUAAAAUAAAUCGAAUAAUCGUCGUGAAACUAAAAAACAAUACUGAGAAGAAGAUUGUCUUCGAAUAAUAAGUUCUACGAUUAGGUAUUUGAAGAGAGAGCGAGAGAGAGAGAGAGAGAGAGAGAGAGAGAGAGAGAGAGUGAGAGAGAAGGAUACAGGGUCGUUCGUGCUAAAAAUUCCAAAGAAUACGUUGUCGUUAUUUAUGGGAAAUUUACUUAGGCUUAAGCUUGUUGUUAAGUGAUGAUCGAUUUUAAAAACAUGCAUUCUCUCGAUAAUAUCCGUAUCUUCUCAUUACUUUACGAAAGAAAGGAGAGGAGAAGGAACCAUAAAUGAUAUGUGUAUAACGACCAUGAUGAGGAAACAAAGCUAACGCUUGUCCACCUAGCUUCCUGCAGAAAUUUCAGUGUAAAAAGAAGAGAAGCGUUUAAAAUGAGUUUUAAGGAACUGGCGAUAAAAAUAUGCGGUUGAAUCGAAGGUGGGGGAGGAGAAGGGGACAAUGGGUGUUAGAGAAAAAGUAAGUCUGUGAUCGAUAUCGUGAAAUAAAAAUCAACGAAGUUUUACCAUAUCAACAAAUAAUCAUAUCAGUGAUCUACCAUAUCCAUAUAACUCAGGUUGAAGCAGAAAAUGUUAUGAAAGAUAAAAUAGAAACAGAGAAGAAAGUAUAACAAUCAAAAAGGAGAACCAACUAUAUCUGAUCGUGCAAAUUAAAUAAAAGAUCCGUGAGUGUUUUAAGGGAUUAUUCAAAUUUGGUUAACUCCCACCUUUGAUCGGUCGUAAAUCGACGGAAACGAAGGAAUCACAUAUCAUUGCUACGCGUUCCACAGUAUACUCGCGGGUGUGCGUCUUUAGGAAGGCACGAAGAACGUUUUAAAUAUUUAGCGAAACGAAGAAGAGAUGAAAAAAAAAAAUAA